AUGUCUCUGUGUUUGAUGCUCCAGACUAUCACUCCGCGGCUGCCUUACCAAAACCUUAAAACCCCAAACUCGCUUUUUCUUCUAAACUUGAUUGAAUCUAAGCAAUCCAAGAAGUCUUCAAGCCUCAUUGCCAUUAGUCAGUUGCAGGUAUCAGAAAGCGGCUCGGCCAACAACUGGCUUAUUGUGACUACCCAAGCGACCUACCGUAAUGUGGAAGCUAUUGCAUGCAGACAGCAAAUAAUGGCUGCUGAUGGGUGUUGGAUGCCGGAUGGAGCAACUGUGCCAGAAUUUCCUGUAAAACCUGGUGGCGUUUCAGACGGAAGCAACACGUUAAAAGCUGAUCAGGACCAAAUGCUCUCUAUGGUGAACGAAUCUUUAUCUGGCGAAUAA